UCACUGUCAGUGAAGAAAAACAGGAGACGAUUCAUUGCCAGUUUGCAUCCAACAAAUUGACUGGAACUGGAUUAAAUGUUCUUGAAAAUCACGUCCCUGGAAAUAGCGAAUUCGACAUUCUGCGAAAAUGGACAUGCCUGGUUUGAGCAUCUUCCGGGGAGGAGGCAGCAUUAAAGUGGACACAAGUAUCAACCGCGCUGAAGAGGAGGAAGCUCUCGAGGACCAACGCCGCCGGAAUGAAGAGCUCGGAAACCAACUACAAAACGCUUUCGACGAUUUACUGGACGAUGAGGAUUGCACGAUAGACACGAGCGCGGACAUUCAUAGCCAGUACCAGCCGGUCCAGCACAAUGCGGGCUACAAGGCCACGGCAGCAGAGGGACAGGAUCGGAAGUUUCACUAUCAACAUUUGCUUGAAGGUAAUCCGGAAGGACAGAAGAAUGCAGAGAAAGAUCGAGAGGUGGAGAAGCUUAAGAUGAGUAUCGAGACGAGGGCACGGGAAGUGGAAAACCUUACUAAACUCCUGCACGAUGAGAAGAAGGCAAGCGAAGAGCUCCGAAAGCGACUGGCACUGUCAGAGGCAGAGAAGGAGAGGGCCAAGAUGACGGCCUCGCAGACCCACGAGUUGCUGGUGGACAGUAAAUCCAAGAUCUCGGAAAUGGACGCAAAUAUGAACAAGCUCGAGUCGUCAAUUAAGACCUUGGAGGAGAAAAACAAAGAACUGGUGGGUGAGCUCGAACGGACGAAAUUGCAGCUUUCGGACGCUCAGCACAAGUACCGCGCUGUCGAGAGGAACGCGAGCUACUCGGCCGACAUGCGAGCCGAGAAUCUGGUCAAGAAUGCCAACGAACGACACAUAGCGCAAACUAUGGUUUUGCAGCAGCAAAUCGAUAGUUUGCGCAACAAACUCGAUGCGAAGGAGAAGGAGUACGCAUCGCUGGAUGUCAGGUAUCAGGAGCUGCAGAGGAGUCGAGAGGUAAUCCUCAUCGAAAAGUCUGAAGUUAUAAAUCAGCUAACGCGGAGUUUGGAGGAAGCGCAAAGGCGGUACCAGGACACGGUGUCGAAUAACAGCGAGAACAGAGGGCUCCAGGAUCUUGUGCGUCGACUAGAAAGGCAAACGGAGGAUAUGCAGAAAACGAUCACCGACUUGAUGUCUCGAUCAGAGGGAGUAGCGACUGAACUGAACUCCAUCGAAGAAUUACUGCAGGAGAGCUUGGAAACAUCAGGGAGUCAACGUCGGAAGAGUUUGAGCAAAAGCGACCUCGUUAGGAAUGACCCAGUGGUGGUGCACUGCCACCUAAUUCGACUCAGAGAAAGGCUGCAUCACUACUUCAGUAAACAAAAAGAAAGGACCGAGGAACUACUGAAGUUGCGGGAACAAGUCAACAAACAAGUUGAGGAGAUGAACAAGUUGAGAGCCAGCGAAAACAGUGCAUUAAUAGAAAGCACCACGACAAGGGAGGAGAACUUGCGGCUAAACAACAGAUUGCGCCUACUUGAAACUGAACUGAAGGAGCUUCAAGGUGAGAAGGGCAAGGAAGACGCCGUGGCUGAAGAUUUGCAACUCGAGCUUGACAGAAUGAGAGAGGAAAACGUGACGACUUCCAACGAGUUAGCAAUUGCUAGGAACGAGCUUGAAACUCUCAAGCGCAGAAACUCUGAACUCCAAGCGGAAGUCAACAAUCUGCUCGAGGGACUGAAAUCGAAAAGUGAAUCUGACAAACUGAUCAGUUCAUUGAAGGAGAAAGCGCGCCAAUUCGAGGAGUACAUCCGCAACGAAAAUGUUUCCAGUCGAACCUCGAAGGCGUCUCCCAGGUUGCAGGAUCGAGCGGUCUCAACAUCGCCUGAGUUGGAUCGAGACUAUUCCGAUGCCAGCUAUCGGUGCAAAAUUGAAUCCGAAAUACGCGGCGAGAUGGCUAAAAUCUUCGCGACAAAAAUCAAGUCAAUGGAGGACAUGCUUCAAAAUAAGUGCCACGAACUGGAAGCUCAAAACCUGCAACUACAACAAAACCUGCGACUCAUCUACAACGAACUGCAAAUCCGAGAAAAGGAGGUGGACGUCCUGAAGCACGCGAUAUUAAAAGAACGCGAGAAAAUGCACGAAAUCGCCGAUACACAGAGCGUACAAAUGCACCAAAUCAACGCGACCUUAGAGAAAUGUCGCGACGAAUUGAAGCUGAAGCAGAAGAACAUUGAGCGGUUGCAUCACGAACUCCAGGAGAGGUCUACCUUGAUUGAAUCGGAGCGGAGAUCUAUGAAAACUGUGAUGGCACACUGGGACGAGCAGCAGAGGGAGUACGACCGGACGACCAAGGAACUGAAGGCUAAACUAGAGAAAAUACAGCAACAACAUCGGGAAAGCCUUGAGGCACUCAACUCAAAGUACAAUUCGGCGAAAAAAACUGCGGCGAAUUACAAGAAAUACGCCGAAGACAAGGAGAAGUUCAUGCUGGAGCAAUAUGAGCGGAUAAAAUCCAGUUACGAGGCAAAACUAAACGAAAUGGCGUCCUCCCUGGAGAAACAGAGAAAACAGAUAAAAGCGAAAACGGUGGAGAGAGAAGCCGCAUGCAGAGACGAGCGCAAGGAGCUGGAUCCGUCCCCGAAUCCUGAUAUUCCUAGUUUAUGAAUUUUAGAUUUAUGUAUCGCCAAAACUUUUAAAAAUAUUAAAGACUGUUAUUUUAGAUA